AUGCUGCAGUGUAUUUUUCUGCACAGCAGAGAAAUACACAGCAGUAUGUUUCCCUAGUAAAAACAGCACACAGUUAACCCUUUGAUUGCCCUAGAUGUUGACUCCUUCCUGCCCAAUUUCUUUAGUACAGUGAUCAGGGGUGGACUGACAACUCAUGGGGCCCCCGGCAAUAGGGGAUCAUGGGGCCCCUGUGUCCUUGCUCAAACUCAAAAAAAAAGCCUAUGAAAAAAGUACCAGGGGCAUCUCAUGGGGCCCCCUACUGACCCUGGGCCCUCGGGCAGUGCCUGAGUUUCCAAAUGGUCAGUCCGCCCCU